AUGCGAAGGCAUAUGAGAACUCAUACUGGUGAGAAGCCUUACAGUUGUUCAAUAUGCAAGAGAAGUUUCUCUCAACCACACCAUGUGGAAUAUCAUAUGAGAACUCAUACCAAUGCGAAGCCGCACAGUUGUCGGAAAUGCGAGAAAAGUUUCAGACUAAAACAACAUUUGAAAAGGCAUAUGGCAAAUCACAACAAAAAUAUGCCUCUCUACAAUUGUACUUUUUGCG